AGAUUCCGCGCUGCACUAUUUGAAAGCAGCUUAGUCUCCGGGUUGUUUGUAACUUGUUCGUAGCUUCGUCGGUAACUUGGUGCUCAAACAAACCUUUACGCGUUUAUCUCGUUGCUGUCGACCUUUAAAAUGUCGUCUGUGGAAGUUCGCGCCGCGCUUCCUGUCGGCGAGAACCCGCUGAAGAAGAGUAAAAACACCGCAGCGGGGCCGAGGAGAGCGGCUCUGGGGGAGAUCAGCAACUUCCACCAGGCUAACGCCAAGAGACCUGGACCGACCAAAGCUGCUGCUCCGGUCAAACCGUCCUGUGUCUCCAGGUCCAAACCAGCCGUGAUGCCGGCUCCAGCUCCUGUGGUCCAGGUCCCGGUCCCGGUCCAAGUCCGGGCUCCGGCUCCGGAGGCCGACGUGUCCAUGAAGGAGGAGCAGGAGCAGGAGGAGGAGGAGGAGGAGCUGUGCCAGGCUUUCUCCGAGGCGCUGCUCACUGUGGAGGACGUGGACGAGCAGGACGCUGACCUCCCUCAGCUCUGCUCCCAAUACGUCAAAGACAUAUACAGCUACCUGCACGUCCUGGAGGUGCAGCAGGCCGUCCGGCCCGACUACAUGCAGGGCUACGAGAUCAAUGAGCGGAUGCGAGCUCUUCUGGUCGACUGGCUGGUCCAGGUCCACUCCAGGUUCCAGCUGCUGCAGGAGACCCUGUUCCUGACGGUGGCCCUCCUGGACCGGUUCCUCCAGGUGCAGCCGGUGUCCCGGAGGAAGCUGCAGCUGGUGGGCGUGACCGCGAUGCUGGUGGCCUGUAAGUACGAGGAGAUGUUCGCCCCCGAGGUCGGAGACUUCGCCUACAUCACGGACAACGCCUUCACCAAGUCCCAGAUCCUGGAGAUGGAGCAGCUGCUCCUCCGGAAGCUCAACUUCCAGCUGGGACGCCCGCUCCCGCUGCACUUCCUCCGCAGAGCCUCCAAGGUGGCCAACGCGGACGUAGAGCGCCACACGCUGGCCAAGUACCUGAUGGAGCUGACGCUGCUGGACUACAGCCUGGUCCAGUACCGGCCCUCGCAGAUCGCCGCCGCCGCCCUCUGUCUGUCCCAGCUGCUGCUGGACUCUCUGCCCUGGUCUCCCACUCAGCAGCACUACUCCUCCUACAGCCAGGACCAGCUGACCCCCAUCAUGCAGCUCAUAGCCAAGAACCAGGUUCUGCUGAACGAGGGCAAGACCAAGUUCCUGGCCGUCAGGAACAAAUACUCGAGCAGCAAACUGAUGAAGAUCAGCCUGAUCCCUCAGCUCAGGUCCUCGGCCCUCAGGACCCUGGCGGCCCCCCUCCUCGGGGACCCCUGAGACCCUGAGACCCCGCCCCCCUCUUCGGUGAC